ACCUUGUAGCAUUGAUCCCUCAGCAGCCUGAGUUAAAAUGGCAGAGGAAGACGGUUAAUGAGGUCUACAGGGACUGGCUUGCGGCGAGAGAGAGAAAACGCCGGGCAAUGUUCCGCCAAAAAAGCUUCAAAGGCAUCGUGCACAAGUUUCUACUCGACAAAGCUGUAACGGAAGAUUAUGCUUCAGAUAAUGCGGUGAUAGGUGCUCUGAUUGCUAAAGGUGUCAAGACCAUAGGCUUCACAAAUCAAGACAGCAUUAUCAGACAGUAUGAGGCGAGAACAUCGGCCUACCUUCAGCAUCACCUCCGGCGUAUCUCGGCUCCGGACAUUUUGCUGAGGCAGCAAACACUUAAGAAGCUUCAGAGUCUGAAGUCGUCGAAACACAAACUGGGCAGCAGUCAGAAGCAGCAGCUACAGCAGCAGCAGCAGGAGGAUGAGCUAAAGAAGAAGGAGGAGGAAACCGAACAGCCCGACCGCGAUCUCAAAGAGUUGACAAGUAGACGUGAUGAGAUCACCAGACGUAUUGAAGCGCUGAGGAAGAACAGGGUCGGUGUGAACGCCAAUAUUGACCAGCUCAAGAGGAAGAUGGACUUGCUGGAGAGAGACCUCAAGACCCUACAGACGAAGCAGAAAUCCACUGCUGGUGAAGAAAGCGGCCCAGAGAGAAAAAAUUUCACGAACCAGCACAAAAUCGACGGACUGAAGAGAGACAGGGACACCGUUGUCAGGAAUAUUUUUGCCCUCAGGAAGAAGAGGACCUCGCUAGAACACGGCCUUCUUGGCCUGAGAAAGGAGCAGGAUGCUAUAGACAGCGAGAUUGAAGAUCUGCAGGAGCCAGACGUGGUGGAGUGCAGCAUAGGCAAGGCGAAGGAAGUUGUGAUGGACCACGAGAUUGAUGUGUCCCGGUGGAAGACGUCCACAGUGGAUGACGUCGAAGACCUGGAGAAGAAAUGCGAGGCGCUGGACCAUGCGAUAGGACUUCUCGAGAAGCGGGAGGUCAUGGGGAGCGACGCCGGCCUUCAGACGAAGGGCGAGCCCAUGUUGACGGUUGUCGACAAUCUCAGGCAGAAAAGAAACAGUCUGAAGAGCGACAUCGACGUUCUCAAGAAGGUGGAUGGGGUCCAAGGCAGUGACGUUAUCGGUGGUGGCGACAGUGACCAGAGAAGGAAGUCCAUAGCGAGCGAUGAAGGCGUGCUUCCUCAGACGAGAGAUUCCACGGGCGACAUAGCAAUCCAAAAGAACCUAUCCACUAUGGAGGAGGACGAGAAUUCGUCAGAUCACGAGGAGGUGGGAAAGAAUGAUUAUCAACAACCUGUUGAAGCCGGAAGAGAGGAUUACAAACUGUCGCCAUUGGAACUGUCACUAUUAAACAGAACUCCAAUCAUUGCUCAGGAUGGGUACGUUCCUAAUUCAAUUAUACGGCAAAAGAUCAUGUGGAAGCCUCCUGUCCAGAUACCUUCGACAGAAGUGAAGAGGUGGGAACCGCUACCAGUGCCGGAUGUGUCGCCAGAAGGGAGCCAUGAAUCGGUGUGGUUUCUUGAGGAUGAAGAGGAACCAAUGAAAACGUGGGUGGAAUGUUUCGACACGUCCAUGGGAGAGAACAUGGGAGAGAAUGUUCCUGAAGAAGAACCACCAAGCGAGAUACCGAUGCAGAAGACUGUGUCGUCCGUGAAGCGGCAAAUAAAGGAGCAGAUGAAGGACGAAUGGGAUUUGGAACAAAUGUACAAGCAGAAUAUAGCAGGCUGGCGAAAGGAAGGCUUUAAUAAACAGAAGAAAAAGGAGAAAGCAAAGCGCACAAUGUCACUGCUUCGUCGAGUGUGUGCUCAGAGUUGGUUUCCAGAGUCAACGGAUGCAGCAGUCGCGAACCACCUUUCAUUGCAAGAAUUAAUGACUCUGCUGCUUAGCGAUGAUCCGGGCCAGAACAUUUGGGACUCUAUCAUCAGAAUUAAUAAAGUCAAAGGUAUUGUCCAAAAGGCGAAGAACAAGUUUCUCCACGUUCUCCGAAGGAAGUUGAAGAAGCCGGACGUCAAAAAGAAGAUCAGGGCUCUUAAGACAAUUCAGUCGCUCGUGGACCCGGAUCAGUAUGAACAGGCAGACGAGCUGGUGGCGGACAUCCUGCCCAGUGUCACUCACAGAAACAGAAAACUGAGUAGAGUGGCAGUUAAUACUAUAUGCAAGGUGAAAAACUUCUCAACGAAAGACCAACUGAUGGAUCUCUUGCAGCGGAAUAACAUUGUGAAAAAGGAGACACAUAAAGAGAAUGAGGAAAGUGCACUGAAAAUUAUGGAAGAGAAGAUACGCAUGCGUGAUUUAGAACGGUCAUGCUUGAUUGACAAAGAAAAGGAAACCCUGAUUGAAGAACAUAGGGUACAUUUGAGUGUAGAAGAAACGUUACGCUUGAGUGAAAAAGAAAAGUUACGCUUGGGUGAAGAAGGAAAGUUACACUUGAGUGAAAAAGAAAAGUUAAUCUUGAGUGAAGAAAAAAGGUUACGCUUGAGUGAACAAACAAAGUUAAGCUUGAAUGAAGAAGAAAAGUCACGCUUGAGUAAAGAAGACAGGUUACACUUGAGUGAAGAAGAAAAGUUACGCUUGAGUAAAAAAGAAAAGUUACACUUGAGUGAAGAAGAAAAGUUACACUUGAGUAAAAAAGAAAAGUUACACUUGAGUGAAGAAGAAAAGUUACACUUGAGUAAAAAAGAAAAGUUACACUUGAGUGAAGAAGAAAAGUUAUGCUUGAGUGAAGAAGAAAGGUUACGCUUGAGUGAAGAAGAAAAGUUACACUUGAGUGAAGAAAAGUUGCGCAUGAUUGAAGAAUGGUUACGUUUGUGUGAAGAAGAAAAGUUACACUUGAGUGAAGAAGAAAAGUUACGCUUAAGUGAAGAAUGGUUACAUUUGAGUGAAGAAGAAAAGUUACAAAUAGGAUUACGCAUGAUUGAAGCAGAAAGGUUACACAUGAGUGAUGAAGAAAGAUUACGCUUGAAUGAAGUAUGGUUACACUUGAGUGAAGAAUGGUUACGCUUGAGUGUAGAACAAAGAUCACAGUUGAGUGAAGAAGAAAGAUUACGCUUGAGUAAAGGAGAAAGGUUACGCUUGAGUGAAAAAGAAAAGUUACGCUUGAGUAAAGGAGAAAGAUUACAGUUCAGUGAAGAAGAACGGUUAAAAAGAAGAUUACACAUGCGUGAAGAAGAACAGUUACACCUGAGUGAAGAAGAACGACAAGACUUGAAGAAAGAUAGUUUACUACGUGUAACUUUCAACGAGUGGAUUGACAAAGUGAGGAAAUAUUCCCAAGAUUUGUCGGGUAGAAAAUCAUUGCAGCUGAAAGCAAAGACGGAAAAGGAAGAAUUAUGCGAGGGGACGCUUAGGAUUGCCCCGAUAAUUCCACAAGACUCGAUGCGGUCGUCCUCUUCACCCAUGGUGAUGACAACAGCAGAUGAAGAAAGACUUAAAACACGGCCAGUGGCUGGUGUAAAGGAAUCACAACAGACAAGCAGCGUUUCUUCUCUAAAAGCCAAGUCAAGUGCCAGUCUGAGUGCAGAAUCAGUUGCCAUAAUGCGAAGGUCACGUGCAAAGAAAAUGGAGGAUAUUGCCAAAACUGAAUCUUUAGUCGGCAAACAGUCUGAGGGACUGUCCACUGCAAAACUGAACAAAUAUAGCAAUGUCUCGAGGACAGAAAUGGGUGAAGCAUCUCGCACCACUCUGGGUAGCAGUAGCAUGGUCUACUCUAAGACAGACAUGGCUGACAGCGACAGCAGUGUACGAAUGCCCAUCGACAUCGAUUCGCAAGACAUCGGCGCACGGGACACCUCGGCAGUUGCCACCAGCUCAAAGGACAUUGGCAUCCACAUGACAUCAGCAGUCGACAUCGGUGCACGCGUCACAUCGCCCGUUGACAUCAGCUCAGAAGACAAUGGCACCCGCAUGACAUCUGCAGUCAACAUCAGUGCACGUGUCACACCGGCAUUUAACAUCAGCUUUGAGGACAUCAACACUCGUGACCCGUCGGCAAUCGACACCUCGGCGGUUGACACAGGCAGAGCGGCGGCUAACCUCGCCGCACGGCUGGGCAGAAUCAACCGCAGCAACCUGUCGUCAAGUUCGGCGGCCGAAAUGGCGCACCGGCUGGAGAAGCAGCUAGCAGAAGGUGUGCCGCCCACCGCCAUCAUGGAUCUGGCCGCCGGUCUGUUGGGUAUCGUGUCAGCAGACAUUGUGGCAGGAUGUACGACCAAGUCCGUGAAGAAUCUCGCCGAACAGCUGGUGGGCAAUUUAGAGUCAUCGCAGCUGUGGAAUACGGGAAAUGAGGAGGACAUCGGCACCCGCAUGACAUCGGCAGUCGGCGAGAACCAGUAUGACGCAGGCAGAAUGGCAGCUGACCUUGCCGCGCGGCUGGGCAGACUCAACCGCAGUGGCCUGUCAUCGAGUUCGGCGGCCGAAAUAGCGCACCGGCUGGAGAAGCAGCUAGCAGAAGGUGUGCCGCCGACCGCCAUCAUGGAUCUGGCCGCCGGUCUGUUGGGUAUCGUGUCAGCAGACAUUGUGGCGGGAUGUACAACGGCGUCUGUGGAAAAUCUCGCCGAACAGCUGGCGGACAAUUUAGAGUCGUCGCAGCUGUGGAAUACGCCUACUGAAGAAGGAACCAUCCCACUGGUUGCAGUGACAGUACCCGAGAACUGGAGAGAGUUUCUCCGGACACCUAGUGCCCUGGAACGGAAGCGAUUCUACAAAAUUCUUACCGACUUUGUGGAGGGCAGAAUUACGUCAGCUCAGAGCUUUCCGUCCUUUCCAGCAGGGAAGUCGUGUGAGCCCUACAGUGAACAAAAUGACCUUUGGCAAGUUGAAUCACAUCCAAGCAAAUCUAAGGCAUACCGUUCACUACAGAAGUUAAGUCCAGAAUUUCGAAGUUCUCCAGAUCUAUCUUUUGUAGUGAGAAGUCAGGAACUUACUGGUCUACGCAGCAAAGCAAGUGAGGAAUGGCAAAGUUUGAUGGCUCUUGCGACGGUACAAAGCCAUCAGAAAGUACCACAAGGCAGGAGCUCUACCAGUGCGGAACGUCACAGUUUGAUUGAUCUACCUUUAGUAAUGAGAGGACAGGAAAGUGCGCAAGGCAGGAGCUUCACCAGUGCGGAACGUCACAGUUCGAUGGAUCAACCUUUAGUAAUGAGAGGACAGGAAGGUUCACAAGGCAGGAGCUUCACCAGUGCGGAACGUCACAGUUCGAUAGAUCAACCUUUAGUAAUGAGAGGACAGGAAGGUUCACAAGGCAGGAGCUUCACCAGUGCGGAACGUCACAGUUCGAUGGAUCAACCUUUAGUAAUGAGAGGACAGGAAGGUUCACAAGGCAGGAGUUUCACCAGUGCAGAACGUCACAGUUCGAUAGAUCAACCUUUAGUAAUGAGAGGACAUGAGAGUUCACAAGGCAGGAGCUUCACCAGUGCGGAACGUCACAGUUCGAUAGAUCAACCUUUAGUAAUGAGAGAACAGGAAGGUUCACAAGGCAGGAGCUUCACCAGUGCGGAACGUCACAGUUCGAUAGAUCAACCUUUAGUAAUGAGAGGACAGGAAUUUGCGCAAGGCAGGAGCUUUACCGAUGCAGAACGUCACAGUUCGAUGGAUCAACCUUUAGUAAUGAGAGGACAGGAAGGUUCACAAGGCAGGAGCUUCACCAGUGCGGAACGUCACAGUUCGAUAGAUCAACCUUUAGUAAUGAGAGGACAGGAAGGUGCACAAGGCAGGAGCUUUACCAGUGCGGAACGUCACAGUUCGAUGGAUCAACCUUUAGUAAUGAGAGGACAGGAAUUUUCACAAGGCAGGAGCUUUACCGAUGCAGAACAUCACAGUUCGAUGGAUCAACCUUUAGUAAUGAGAGGACAGGAAGGUGCGCAAGGCAGGAGCUUCACCAGUGCGGAACGUCACAGUUCGAUGGAUCAACCUUUAGUAAUGAGAGGACAGGAGAGUGCACAAGGCAGGAGCUUUACCAGUGCGGAACGUCACAGUUCGAUGGAUCAACCUUUAGUAAUGAGAGGACAGGAAUUACCGCAAGGCAGGAGCUAUACCAGUGCGGAACAUUACAAUCCGAUGGAUCAACCUUUAGUAAUGAGAGGACAGGAAUUUUCACAAGGCAGGAGCUUUACCAGUGCGGAACGUCUCAGUUCGAUGGAUCAACCUUUAUUAAUGAGAGGACAGGAAAGACCGCAAGGCAGGAGCUCUACCAGUGCAGAACGUCACAGUUCGAUGGAUCAACCUUUAGUAAUGAGAGGACAGGAAUUUUCACAAGGCAGGAGCUUCACCAGUGCGGAACGUCACAGUUCGAUGGAUCAACCUUUAGUAAAGAGAGGACAGGAAUUUUCACAACAAAAGACAAGUUUAGAUCAUCAUUUGACAGAUCUGAAUUUGAUACUGAGUCGGAAAUUCCGUCGCAGAAGUUCUGAAAUGAUAUACAAGGAGUCGAUGAAAGACCAAACCAGACGACCCAGUGCUGGGCUCAAACCUUCACUUGACCUCAGUUCAUUGCAAAGAGCUCGGAAGUUAGAGGGAGCUCAAAUAGGAUCCAUGAAGGGGGCAGAAGAUUUUGGCAAACAGUCCAGUGACGGUGAUGAUGAUGCUGAAUUCUGGAGACGCUUUCUUUCAUCACCACGUGAAACAGAAGCAGAUUCAUUACAGAAGACUCGGAAGAUUCGCUCUCUGCGUACUUUGGUCGAGUCCCGUCUAUCAAGAGUGAAACAGGGUGGCAGCUUAUUUAAGUGGAAGCUACCCCACCCACCUCCACCCAAGUCCAUUACCCAGUCGGACAGAGUUGUGCCCCUUGUCAAGAAGGGCCACCACCACUUCUAUGAGCAUACGCAUUUAUCCGCGGAGAAAUGCCAUCAGUAUGUUUCGAAUUGCGCUGACCAAACGGAGGUACUGAAAAUUGUUGAGACUAGUGAAUAUCACCGUUACGCCCACUAUUUCUCAACAAGUAGACCUGGCGAAGAGAAAAAAGCCAAAGCUAAACCGUACCCAAAGCUCGAACUUAAACAUAUUGUACAAGAACUUUUUAUGAGAUCAUAAUACUAAUUAAAAAACAAUAAUAAUACCACCACCAUCACCACCACCACCUUGAAAAAAACACACACAGUGUAUCUGUUCUUAGACCUAGCAAUAGGUUUUUUUU